CACCUUUGCUUCCUAAUUACAAUUCUCACUUACUUUCUCACUCUAACACAGACGACACACACUAUUUCCAUUUGGGUUUCUCAUUUUCUCUGGUCUUAUCCCUUCCAAUUUGCAGCUUCCGCUGCCCACCUACCAUGAAUCCAGCCUCUCCAUUCCAUCUCUUGCUUUUCCUCUCCACCAUAAUCAGCGCCGCCGCCUCCUCCUCCUCCGCCACGACCACCAGAUGGCCGUCAACGGCGACUUUGUCCCGGGAACUUCCAGCAUUCAGAGAAGCCCCAGCUUUCAGAAACGGCAUUGGAUGUCCAAAGGUACUCUGGUCAUCUCUAAACAAACGAUCUCUCCACAUUCACAACCCAUCAAUCAUCCACAUCGCCAUGACCCUCGACACAACCUACCUUAGAGGCUCCGUCGCUGGAAUCCUCUCAAUCCUCCGCCACUCUUCCUGCCCAGAAAACAUAGUCUUCCAUUUCCUCGCUUCCCACCGCCGCUCAGAACUCCGUCACGCCAUCUUCACCACUUUCCCUUACCUCACCUUCCACCUUUACCACUUCGAUACCAAUUUAGUCAAAGGCAAGAUCUCAUCUUCGAUCCGUAGAGCAUUGGAUCAACCCUUAAACUACGCUAGAAUCUACUUAGCCGAUCUCCUCCAUUCAGGUGUUCGUCGGAUCAUCUACUUCGAUUCCGAUCUAAUCGUCGUCGAUGACGUGUCGAAGCUUUGGGAAAUCGAUUUGGGUACCCACGUUUUAGGCGCUCCGGAAUAUUGCCACGCUAACUUGACCCAUUAUUUUACUGACAAGUUCUGGUCUGAUCCGCUUUUCUCGAGGGCAUUUCAGGGCCGUAAACCUUGUUAUUUUAACACAGGUGUCAUGGUUAUAGACGUGUGGAGAUGGAGACAAGGGAGGUUUACAGAGAAGCUAGAAUCAUGGAUGACGAUACAGAAGAAGCAUAGGAUAUAUGAACUGGGUUCAUUACCUCCGUUCUUGUUGGUUUUUGGUGGAGAUGUGAAAGGGGUUGGACACAGGUGGAAUCAACACGGGCUUGGUGGUGAUAAUCUGGAAGGGCUUUGCAGGAAUCUUCAUCCUGGACCGGUUAGUUUACUACACUGGAGUGGGAAAGGAAAACCAUGGUUGAGAUUGGAUUCUAGACAUCCUUGUCCAUUGGAUAGCUUAUGGGCACCGUACGAUCUGUAUCGCCACUCAUCUCUAUUGUCUGAUAGCUAGUUAAUCUAAUGAUUCAUGAUUCUUCUCUAUUUUGUAAAUUAAAAGAUCAGAUUUUUUUUCUUAAACUUCAUUUUUGUGUAUAUAAGGACUUGUUUGGUUAAGCAUUAGCUGGACAGUUACUAUUCACUACUGUUUUGACUUUA